AUGGUGGACCCGGUGCCAGAAGAGGAGAAAGAGGGAGCGGGGCCCGGUGGCUCAGAAGGGGAUGAGGCCACAGCAUCCGUGCCCCCCGAUGCCCCGGGAGCCCAACAGCCUGCAGCCUCCUCCGCCUCCGCCUCCGCGGCGGCGCCCCACAAGGCCGAAGUCCCCUGCGGGGCAGAAGGUGGGCGUCGGGAACAGUCCCCGCUGCUGCACCUCGAUCUCUUCAACUUCGCCUGCCCCGAGGCAGAGGGCAGCCGCUACGUCCUGACCAGCCCCCGCUCGCUGGAGGCCUGUGCCCGCUGUGCGGUCAAGCCCGUGGAGCUGCUGCCCCGGGCCCUGGCCGACCUGGUGCGCGAGGCCCCGGGCCGAUCCAUGCGAGUGGCCACUGGUCUGUACGAGGCCUACGAGAAGGAGCGGCUCGCCAAACUGCAGCAGUGCCGUGCCGAGCGCGAGCGCAUCAUGCGCGAGGAGAAGCGGCGCCUGUUCACGCCCAAGGGCCCGGUGGCAGCCCCGGCCUCCGCCUCGGCCUCGGCCUCGGCGCUGAGCGCGGGCAGCAGCAGCAGUUGCAGCAGCAGCAGCCUCCCGGCCUCGCCCGCAUCCAGGGUUGCUCGAAGGACUUCUCCCAGUCCGCCCGCCAGGACCCGACCUCCGACCACGGGUUCUCGGACAGGUAGGAAGAGCCACUCGCUGGACUCGCUGUCCCGCCGACGGGACGGUGCCCUGAGCUCCGAGUCCGGUGCCUCGUCAUCGUCCUACAGCGGGGAGAGCCUUCGGGAGCUUCGCUGGCCACCUCGAGCUUCAGCCAGGAACAGCUGCCCUGCGGGCUCUGCGUCGUCUGCACCCAACCCGCUGGGCCGCCCUUCUGCCCUCGAUCUGGUCCCACUCACUGCCCGCAGCUUCAGCCUCGGCGACCUGAGCCACUCGCCGCAGACGGCUCAGCAUGUGGAGCGCAUCGUGCGCCAAGUGCGCGCCGAGCGAGGCCUGCGCGGGGUACCCGAGCGCGACCGCAAGAUCGCCGCCCUCAUGCUGGCCCGACACCAGGAGGAGCGCCUGUUGCUGGAGCAGCGCGCCGCGGCCCACGGCCAGUGGGAGCAACAGCGCUUGCGCGCCGAGCAGCGGCGGGAGCGCGAGGAACGCGAGAAGCAGCGCGCGCUCGAGCAGGGCCGGCGCGCCUGGGCCGCGCAGGUAGAGGAGCGGCGGGGCCGCCGGGGCCGGGAGGAACGUGAGGCCGCGCGGAGGCGGCAGCAGCAGUGUGAGCGCAGCGAGGAGCGGCGGCGGGAGCUGGCGGAGCGCCAGGGCCUGCUGCGGCGGGAGAGGGCGGAACGCGCCGCGCGCGACGACCGGCUGCGCAAGCUGCAGCAGGAGCAGAACCUGAAGCAGCGGGAGGAGGGCCUGCAGGAAGGGCGGGAGCGCGCAGAGCUGGUCCGCAGGGAGCGCGCCCAGCGCGCGGCGCGGGCCAAACAGCGGCAAGAGGGUCAGCUGCAACGGGAGAAGCGCGAGCUGAGCCGGGCCGAGCGGGCGCGCCACGAGGCGCUGCUUCGAGGCCGAGUGCGGCAGCAGCACGAGGAGCGGGAGGGCCUGCGGAGCUCCCUGGAGGCUAGCUUGGGCCGCGCGCAGGAGAACUACGAGCAGUUGCUGGAGCAGCGCGCCCGGGAGCUUCGGGAGCGAGCCCGGAAGGAGGAGCUGCAGGGUCGGCGCGCCAAGGAAGCGGCCGAACGCAAAGAGCGGGAGCAUCAGGCACAUUUGGAGGCGCUGGCGCGGGCGGGAGAGCGACGGCUGCAGCACGCGGCGCAGGUGGCGGAAGAGGCGGUGCAGCAGAAAGCCCGGCGCGUGGUUCAGACUCGCCUGGAGAAGGAGAGGACCCAGCGCGCCAACAAGGAGAAGGUGGAGCGCGAUGAAGACUGCCGCCGCCGGGAGCUGCUGCAGGCCAUUGGGCGCAAACUGGAGCGCAGCGAGCAGCUCUCUCGAGAAAGGCGAAGUGCGCUGGAGAGCGCUCGCUCCACUGCCCGGGCCUCCUUCCACGUGCGGGAGAAGGUGCGGGAGGAGACCAACACGCGGUCUUUUGAUCGCAUGGUGCGAGAGGCCCAGCUACAUGCCAGCCUGGACCGCAAAUGACAGCCGUCCUGUGCAGGCCAUACUGCCUUAUACAGCCAGGUGGGGCCUCCCUUAGCCACUUUGACCAAACUCCAGGCAUCUCCAGUCCAGGUGCCACACCGUGAACUCCCCAGACUAAUGAACCAUGAGACAAUGAGAAACCAGACGUGGUUCUUUUCUGUCUGCCACCGUUGCUUUACAGACUGACUUCGUUUGGAAAUGACAUGGCACAAUUUACCCACAUCCACCUUUGUCUUUGGAUUGGAAUAGAAAACAGCUGGGGAGGGGGAGGGUCCUCCUAGGAGAGAGCACAGAGGUGAAUGUCGGGGUUUUCUGCCACGGCUGCCUUGGGCAUCUUUCUGACCUUUGUGUCCAAGAUGACUUUCAGUUGCAGCAGCCGAGGGGAUAUCGCCCAGACUCACCUCUGUCUUCCAAAAUACAAGUUGCACAGAACUUAAAGUCUCCCAAGAAAGCACAGCUCUUCAAAGAUGUUAGUUCAUGCACAAAUGACCACAAAAGCUAUUAGUUUUGAGCGCGGGACUAUUUAUUAAUCGGACACCUGAACAAAUUCUCCUGUUCCUAUAAUUUUUUUUCUCAGCUGAGUCCCUAGGCUUUCUAGUUAGACAAUCAUCUGCAGGUAAUAAUCAUUUACUCUCCCACGUGGCAUAGGAGAUGGGUUGGAUUGGUGAUGCUGUUUAGCGUUAAU